AUGGCUUCCAAGCGGCCAAAUCCGAAAGAAGACCCUCCAGCUGCUUCUUCUUCUGAGGAAUCCUCCACCGAUGAAGCCUCUUCCGACGAUGAACUGCCGCCGCAGUUGAGAACGUUGGCUCCCCAUUCACAGCUUCAACCGAAGAAGCCAGCGGUUGAGAACUCCGAUUCCGACUCCGAGUACGAAUCCGACACGGAUUCCGACUCUGAUCCGCCGCCGCCGAAGAGCUCUGGGGUUCUGCACAACGUGAAGCCCAUCGCUUCCAAGCCCCAGCCUAAAGCCCCCGCUCCUGCCUCUUCCUCAAAAUCUACGCCGGCGACAAAGAGGGCGAGUGAAACUGAAAGGGAAGCGAAGGACUCCAAGAGGCAGAAAGAGGUGGCGGACGGCGACGGUAAGAACGAAUACACGCCAAGAGCAAUCUUUCAGCGGCUGUGGGGUGAGAAUGAUGAGAUCGCUGUGCUGAAUGGGCUGAUCGAGUUCGCCGAGAAGGAAGGAGCUGACCCCUUGAAGGACAUGGCGGCUUUCUAUGAUUUCAUUAAGAAGUCUGUGGGUGUGGAUGUGUCGCUGUCUCAAUUGAAGGAGAAAGUUACCAGAUUGAGGAAGAAAUUCAUGAAUCACGCCAAAGGGAAGAAUGGUUUGGACAAGAGCUUUAGCAGAGCUCAUGACCAGAAAACUUUCGACCUUUCGAAAAUGAUCUGGGACAGCCAGGGAGAAGGACUUCUAGGCCCAAUUGCAAACGGUAAGUCGAGCGGCAAAGCGAAGAAGAGCGGUGGUGCUAACGGUGUAGGUAGCAGUAAAAGUGCAUCCAAGGCUGCUGAUUUGGGUACAGCGAACGGACAUGGAAAUGCAAAGAGCGCCUCUAGUGCUGCUUUGGGAGCAGGGAAUGAAGGAGCGGAAACGAUGGAAGUCGAUGGGGUCAAUGAUCGGAAAGAUGGGUUAAGCUUUGAUUUGAGCUCAGCUGAUGCAGAAGUUGAGGCCUUUGUGGUGAACAAGGGGAUGGACAUGGUGGAUGGAUCGAAAAGAAACGAGCUUGCUAGAAGAUGGAAGGAGCUCGAUACCGAAGCUUUGGAGCACUUUGUUAAGAGGCAACAGUUGAUCCUUGAUCAGGCUCAGUUGAUCCUCGACAGCAGCUACCGCUGA